CUCCAACCCGGCCACGCGCCUUCCCCUGCUGGCGCCAGGCGGAGCUCUGAGUUUGGGUCGCCAACUCAGCCCCUGUCGCCGCCUCCGAAUAACCGGCACCUGGCUCCUGGGCCGAAGCGGCAGGGGAGGCAGGAUGCAGUCGUGCGGGGGCGCCGCGGCGGGACGCCGAGCCUUCGACAGCAUCUGCCCCAACAGGAUGUUGGAGCUGCGGGGCCGGCCUUUCAGCAAGCCCGGGAAGCUGGAGAAGAAGUUCGCCCCUCCGCGGAAGUUCUUGCCUGGUUGCAGCGGCUGCAGCCCAGUGUCGGUCUACGAAGAUCGGCGGGACGCGGAGCUCUCUGCGCUGCCAGCGCUCACCACCAUAGACCUGCAGGACCUCGCCGACUGCUCCUCGCUACUCGGGUCCGACGCGCCGCCUAGUGGUGACUUGGCUACAUUGCAGAACCAGUCCCUGCAAACUGCUGCGGACUUUGAUCUGCAGGAUUUCAGAGACACAGUGGAUGAUCUCAUCGCAGACUCAUCCUCUUUGAUGUCGCCUCCUCUGACCGGCGGAGACUUUCCCUUCUCUCCUGGCAACGUAUUGCCAUUUGGGCCCUGUCUCUCUCCGCCGCUGGACCCAAGGGCACUGCAGUCACCGCCGCUGCCCCCUCCAGACGUGCCCCGGCCGGAGCAAUACUGGAAGGAAGUGGCCGACCAGAACCAGAGGGCAUUGGGGGACGCGCUCGUUGAGAAUAACCAACUGCACGUGACGCUGACCCAGAAGCAGGAGGAGAUCGCCUCGCUCAAAGAGCGGAACGUGCAACUGAAGGAACUUGCCAGCCGGACCCGGCACCUGGCCUCUGUGCUGGAUAAGCUGAUGAUCACGCAGUCCCGGGAUUGCGGGUCGACAGCCGAACCCUUCCUGCUCAAGGCGACAGCCAAAAGGAGCUUGGAGGAGUUGUUCAGUGCUGCGGGACAGGAUUGCGCGGAAGUGGACGCCAUCCUGAGGGAGAUUUCCGAGCGCUGCGAUGAAGCGCUGCAGAGCCGCGACCCCAAGCGGCUCCGGCUACAGCCGGAGCCCGCGAGUAGGGAUGACAUGCCAGGGAACCUCCACGGCACCUUCCGGGGGCUGCGCACAGAGUGCAGCCGGAGCGCGCUAAACCUGAGCCGCAGUGAGCUAGAAGAGGGUGGCUCCUUCAGUACCCCCAUCCGCAGCCAUAGCACCAUCCGCACCCUCGCUUUCCCCCAGGGCAAUGCCUUCACCAUUCGGACCGCCAACGGGGGAUACAAAUUCCGCUGGGUCCCCAGUUGAGCUGGGAUGAUGUUCCCCCAAACACUGCCCUGUAUCCGGACUGAAGCGCCUGGAGGCUAAUUGGGAGGCUAAUUGGGAACUGUUUCCCGAACCUGGCUUCAGAAGAACUCCCUCUGCUGGGCGAAUGCCACCCUGAAACUUUUUUUUUCAGACACCAAAACGUCUCCAUAAUGAUGUCCUGCACAGUCCUGGUAUAAAACACUGUAUAUUCCCUUCCCUUCCACAGUGUGUGCUGUAUGUGUGCGUGUAAACACACAUAUAAAUCUCAAUUUUAAAAGUA